AGCACUACACUGACCUGCUUUUAUAUCGCAGGGCUUCUGUCAUCCGCUGUUAUGGACGUUUUAAUGACAUUUACCUGCGGUUAGGUGAUAUUGAUAAUUUUAUAGGAAAGAAUCAUAUUUAUAUUUUAUUUUGAGUUCCCACUGCCUGCUCUGACUCUUUCGGGGAGGGGGGGGGUAUUCAGCAUCUCUCAGCCUCCGCCCGCCUCUGUGGCUCUGUCCUAAGCGGUGGAGAGACUGGGGGGGAACCCGCGGACCGACAGGGGGGACAGACACAGACACAGACAGAGAAGGAGAGAGGGGCGAUGGCCGCCGAUGGAGUUUGCGGGGAAUCGAUGGAUCAGUACCGGGCCGAGUUGGAGCGGCUCUCCCAGGAACUGGCCGAGGCGAACCGGGAGAAGAUCAGGGCUGCGGAGUGCGGGCUCGUGGUCCUGGAGGAGAACCAGGCGCUGAAGCAGCGGUACGCAGACCUGGAGUUAGACCAAGACACUCUCAGGAAGGACUUGGAGCAAUUACAGGAGGCGUUCGGCCAGGCUUACAGCAACCAGCGUAAGGUGGCGGAGGAUGGGGAGACCAAUGAGGAGACGUUGCUGCAGGAGUCGGCCUCCAAGGAGGCCUACUACAUGGGGCGUAUUCUGGUGCUGCAAACGGAGGUGACACUCAGCCGCUCUGUGGCGUCCAACGCCCAGGCCGAGGACGAGAGGCUCAACGCACUCACGCAGGACCUACGAGAGAGUAAUGAGAUGCUGGAGCUACAGAGGAGCCGGAUGAGGGAAGAGAUCAAGGAGUACAAGUUCAGAGAGACCAGACUGCUUCAGGAUUACACAGAGCUGGAGGAGGAGAACAUCACGCUGCAGAAACUGGUGUCUACGCUCAAGCAGAGCCAGGUGGAGUACGAGGGACUGAAACAUGAAAUCAAGGUACUAGAGGAGGAGACUGUUCUGCUCAACAGUCAGCUGGGAGACGCGUUACGUCUGAAGGACAUUUCUGAGGGUCAGUUGGAGGAGGCCUUGGAUGCCCUCAAGAGUGAGCGUGAGCAGAAGAACAAUCUGAGGAAGGAACUGGCCCACCACAUCAGCCUGAGCGACAGUGUCUACGGAGCAGGGGCCCAUCUGGCGCUCACUGUCACUGGCGUUGAGGGCCUCAAGUUCCCCGAGGAGACCCACGGCACCAACGGCAGCGCCAUCCCUGCUGCGAACGGCAACAAUGAGGACAGCAAUCGCCGCAACGGCCACGUUCACGCAGGCACCGGAUCGGCUAAGAUGAACGGGGACUACCGACCGGGCAGGAAAGGAGAAGGCCUGCACCCCGUGCCAGACCUGUUCAGUGAGCUCAACCUGUCGGAGAUGCAGAAGCUCAAACAGCAGCUUCUGCAGGUGGAGCGCGAGAAGUCGACGCUGCUCAUGAACCUGCAGGAGUCGCAAACCCAGCUGCAGCACACUCAGGGUGCCCUGACCGAGCAGAAUGAGAGGGUCCAUCGCCUCACGGAGCACGUCAACGGCUUGAAAUGUCUCAAUGGAGGCAAAGAGCUCGAUGACCCACAGGAGAGUGAGAAACCUGACGGCGGCUCCUUCUCACCACCAGCCAAUGGUCACCAUGAUCCCGAUAUCCACGGCUUCGAGAUCCUGGAGUGCAAGUACAAGGUGGCGGUGACAGAGGUGAUCGACCUGAAAGCAGAGCUCAAGGCCCUGAAGGAGAAGUACAACCAGGCCGUGGAGGGGCAGGGGGACAGCCGCGGUGACGACAGGCUCCCGGCACUAAGUGAACAGCAGGUGACCCAUUUGGAGAGUAGUUAUCGUGAGAGCGGGGAGAGGGUGGCGAGCUUGGAGACAGAGCUGCGAGCGGCUGCGUGCACAGCCACAGAGAGCCAGGGCAUGCUGAAUGCAGCACAGGAUGAGCUGGUAACCUUCAGCGAGGAACUGGCACAGCUCUACCACCACGUCUGUCUGUGCAACAAUGAGACACCCAACCGCGUCAUGCUGGACUACUUCCGCCAGAGCCGGGUCACACGCAACGGCAGCCUGAAGGGCUCCGACGACCAUCGGGCUUUGCUCUCGCCUCGUCUGGCCCGACGCCUCGCUGCGGCAUCCGCAGCCUGCUCCUCCGAGCCCCCGCGCAGUCCCAUGGACUCCCCGUCCAGGGUCACCCAUCACAACGAGACAACGACCAACACAGUGGACUCCUGUCACAGCAGCCCCACCCGCAACCCCACGGGCUCCCCAGUCAUCACCGUCUCUCCUUGCCCAUCCCCAGGGCCCUCAGAGGCCGGUGGGGACCUGCGGAAGGAGCCCAUGAACAUCUACAACCUGAAUGCCAUCAUCAGAGACCAGAUCAAACACCUCCAGAGGGCUGUGGACCGCUCGCUGCAGCUGUCCAGGCAGAGGGCCGCAGCUAGGGAGCUGGCGCCUAUGCUUGACAAGGACAAGGAGUUGUGCUUGGAGGAGAUCCUCAAACUGAAGUCCCUGCUCAGUACCAAGAGAGAGCAGAUAGCCACGCUCAGGCUAGUGCUGAAGGCCAAUAAACAGACAGCAGAGGGUGCACUGGCAAAUUUGAAGAGCAAGUACGAGAAUGAAAAGACGAUGGUGACAGAGACCAUGAUGAAGCUGAGGAACGAGCUGAAGGCUCUGAAAGAAGAUGCCGCCACCUUCUCGUCUCUCAGGGCCAUGUUUGCCACAAGAUGUGAUGAGUACGUUACUCAGCUGGAUGAGAUGCAGAGGCAGCUGGCGGCAGCAGAGGACGAGAAAAAGACGUUGAACUCCCUCCUCCGUAUGGCCAUCCAGCAGAAACUGGCCUUGACCCAACGGCUGGAGGAUCUGGAGUUUGACGACGAGCAGGUUCACCGUGGCCGCGGUGCUAAAGUGCCCAGGAUUAGAAGCAGCCCGCCCAAAUUUCUUGUAGAUUGUCAGCAGCCUGCUGCCUCAGUACCGUCACUCUCCCCACAACUAAGAGCCUCCCUAGCCCGCAGUGCUAAAUUUUUGGCAGACCUCCAGGAACACAGUACAGUCCUGUCCAGUAGCAGUAGCCUUCUCUCCCCCUGCGACCUUCGUAACUGUCGGGCCCAGCAACCGCAUCCCCCCGGCACCUAACCUCGCUGCUCCAGGCCAGACUCUGGCCUCGGUCUGGAAGGAGUCAUGCAGAGACAGAGACACUCUGGAUGGGGGUUCCCUCACUAAAACUCCCCCCAACCUAGCGGUCCCACCUGGUGCUAACUGGACUCUGUUACCCCCCCCCCUCCUUAGCACGACAUGGUCCCGCCAUCAGCAGGAGGCCUCCUGGUUACAUGGGUCGCAGAAGAAGAGCAAGACACUCUCUUCUUCUCUGGAUGUGACAUCAUGUCCUGGAAAGGACUGAACUGAAGCGACAAAUCACGGGAAUAUUUUCCCCUAUUUGUAUUUGUAUUUAUUUGUAAUUUAUUCGCUCUGUUGAUUAUUUAUUUACAUUUUGAUUUGUGACAAGUUUCUGGGAUAUUUAUUACUGGAAUGGUUUUUUUCUUCUUUCUGUUAGUCAUUCUUCAAUAUGGAAAUCAAUACGUGUUUCACUGCUGUGGAGAGGACUUCUGUGAUCACAGACAAUUGAACACAUUCCCCACUGAACGUGGCCGGUACUCCUGGACAAAGGAAAACCAACGCAAACCACAACCAGAACUGUAAAAGUUCUUUCUGGUCUAGUGAACCGGUUCAAAACUUGCCGAACCAAACUAUACGUCACUUCAAAUGUUAGAUAUUGUCAGUAUAAUUAUCAAAACAUUUACAAACAGUAGGAGUUCGGUUUGAUGUUGCAAACAGACUAAUGAAGGUAAACAUUUUAUUGCAUGAAUUCUGUUUGUUGUUGUGAUGAUUGGUGGAUUUCAACUACCUUUCUUACAUCACCAGUCUUUCUUAGGUUGUUUCUUUUUAUACUGAGAUAUUUUUUUGGGGCAAAACAUGAGCAUACAGAAAAGACUAUUUUAUACCUCCUAUUAUUUGUAUUUACUUUUACAUCAGACUCUAGUGACAUGGUUGUGUCUGUUACGUAGAUCAGAUCUCUUCCGAGACCGAGAUAGACGAGAGACUGAGUGUUUGAGAUCUGCUGGCCUGGGUUUUUUUCCUUUUGAAUUGCACAGGUUUAAGUGAGUGAACUGACCUCCAUCUUUUUAACAUUAGUUAAGAGCAGAGGGUUCCCCAAAGGUGUGCCUCUUCUAGAGUUAGCGUCACUGUCAUGUUAACACUGUAUUCUUCCCAUAAAGUGUUUGCUUUUUCACUGCAUUGGCCACAACCCCAGGAAUCUGCUAUUAUCACCCCUGGCUCCUCCUGUUGAGAGUGAGAGAAAUGACGUUUUCAACAUCCCAAGCUACACUUGUCUGCCAUCUUAACUUCUCCAUGCUCAGCUGUCCCUCCAUGCUUCCUUCAAACAGUAUGCAGGUCAGUCCAAGCACAAUUAUGCACUAUGCAUUAUAGCAAUACAUUAGUUCCGGUCGUAGAUUGAUCUGAUUAAGAUUUACUCAAUCUUUCAACCAUUUCUGCGGCCAUGAACUAACCAGCAGGCUCACAAGAAACAUUAGACAGCAAGAGUGUCUCCCCAAAAUGUGGACACAAACGAGAUUGUUUCUUUUUGAAACAGUGUUUCAAUCAUAGAGGAAUGGGGCUAAGUCUGACUGAGAUGGGUGUCACGCGUGAAGUUUGUUGCAUAAUUGAAGUCCCAUUUCUCAGUCUUUAUACCCUCGUAUUAAUGUCUUUAAUGUUCAUGUUCUCCUCACUGCACUGAAUACAUAUUUUUGCCAGAUGGAUAUGAAACGGAUAAACUGAAACUACAGAGCCAGUAUGGUGUUGGAACGACAGAUAAAAGCCUUUCUGUUACAUCGACAAUGAAUGAGUGGGCUCUUUCUUUCUGUUCUCUGUGUGUACACUUGUUGGAUUUGUCUUUGUUAACUGUGUUACUUUUGCAACUACAGAGUAAUGCAAAUGUUUGGUUCAAAAGUAGCUUAUGAACCCACGCAGGCUCAUUGGUGACCUAACUCUCUCUUGGUUUGCUUGCACAAUAUAGCAGUGGAUGGAGAGAGACUAAUCCAGUGAAAGAAGAAAAAAGUGGUUUAAAAAGAACAAUAGCUGUACUACAGAGGGCUUAACAGUUUCUCCUCCAUUUAAAAUGGUGUUAAAUUGGUUACACGAGUAAAUAAAAGACCUGUCCUUGGAUUUGUAUGUGA